AUGGCUGAUCCAGCAACUAUAAUCAGUGGUUUACUUUCAAAUUUGGCACCUCUGAUUAAGGAUGAAUUCUCGUUGUUUUGGAAUUUUAAGAAGGAUGUUGAAAAUCUAUCGAGCACGCUAUCUGCAAUUAAUGCCGCACUUGAGGAUGCUGAGAUAAAGGACGUGUGGAAGAAGGACAGCCAAACCGAAGAUUGGUUGCGGAAACUCAAAGAUGUGGCAUAUAAGGUUCGAGACAUCAUGGAUGAGUGCACCUUUGAAGAUCUUCGUCAUCAAGUCAAAAGGCUUAAUGCCUCCUCUUCAACCCGGAUCCAGGUAACCAACUUUCUCACCCGUCCUUUUAGCAGCACUUGGUCGAUUCAUAAAAUUGGUUUCAAAAUUAAGGAUGUUCAAGAGAAACUAGAUAAGAUUCAUUCAGAGAACAAUAAAUAUCAAUUGCGUGAACCUAUUCAUGGCUCGAAAAUAAAAGAAGACAAGUUUUCUAGUAGUUGGCGUGAAACCAUGUCACUUUCUAGUAGUCCAGUACUAUAUGGGAGAGGUAAGGAGAAGAAACAGAUUAUUGAUAUUCUACUCAAUAAUAAUACAUCUACAAGUACUGUUAGUGUUGCUACAAAACAAUUGUCUGUUCUGCCUAUUGUUGGGAUUGGGGGUCUUGGUAAAACAACACUCGCCCAAAUGGUCUUCAAUGACCGUGAGGUUUCUGAUCAUUUUGAUCCCAAAUUCUGGGUUUGUGUUUCUGAUGAAUUUGAUAUUAAGCUGGUCAUCAAAUCCAUUUUACAAGAAAAGACAGAAGCUUCUUUGGAAGAAUUGCAGAAAAAUGUUAGAGAUAAACUGAGAGAGAAAAGAUAUUUGAUUGUAUUGGAUGAUGUUUGGAAUGAAGACAUACAUGAAUGGAAUCAGUUGAGAUCUAUAUUAGAUUGUGGAUCAAAUGAUGCGUUUGUCCUUACUACGACACGUAAACUAAAUGUGGCAGAAAUCAUGAAAACGGUUAAACCUUUUGAGUUACAGCCACUCACUUACACAUAUUGUUGGCAACUAUUCAAAGAACGUGCAUUUGGGUAUGGAAAACCAAAAGAUCCAAACUUCAUUAAUAUUGGUGAACAAAUAACUAUAAGAUGUAAGGGUGUUCCUUUAGUUGCCAAGACAUUGGGAAGUCAUCUGGGGUUUUGUGAAGACGAAAAAGAAUGGCAUAGAAUAAGAGAUAGUGAGUUAUGGGACAUAUCCGAAAAUGGAAAAGAUCUCUUACCUAUUCUAAGGUUGAGUUACUAUGACCUCUCAUACCAGUUGAGAAGAUGCUUUGCGUUUUGUGCUAUAUUUCCCAAAGAUACUCUAAUUAGAAAGGAGAAAUUAAUUCAAUUGUGGAUGGCUCAUGGUUUAAUUCUUCCAGAUACAAAUCAAGAAGUUGAAGAUGCUGGGAAUAGAAUUUGGAAGGAGUUGUGUUGGAGAUCCUUUUUUCAAGAUGAAAAAGAGAACAAAGAUGAGUAUAAUAGAGUUUAUACAACGUGUAUGAUCCACGAUCUUAUGCACGAUCUUGCCCAAUCGGUUAUGAAAGAGGAAUGUUAUACGAUGAAGGCUAAUAGCUCAAGUGAUGGUUUAGAACGAGAAAUCCAUCGUCAUGUAACAGUUGAUAAGUUCAAUGAACCAAAUUUUUGUUCUCUUAAGGAAAUUAGAGGAUCGCAUUCAAUAAUGGUCGUCAACUGCGGAGAUUAUGAUGGAAUUGUCGCUAGGGAGAUUUUAAAUGUCUUGAAGGAACUUCUGCCUUUACGUGUCCUUGAAGUAAGAUGGUAUGUGCAAUAUCAAGAUUUGAGUUAUGUGAGUCGUCUAAAACAUCUCAGAUACUUGGACAUUUCCAAGAGUAAGAUAACAACAUUGCAUGACAGUAUUUGCGAACUCUUCAACUUACAGACUCUAAAACUCAAUUCUUGUUCUAUGCUUGAAAGUUUGCCUAGAAAUAUGAGGAACCUUGUUAACCUGAGGCAUCUUUAUUUGGAGGAUUGUGAUGGAUUAAAAUAUAUGCCCAGAGGGAUGGGGCAAUUGAAACAUCUCAAGACGCUAAGCUUAGUUAGUGAUGCAUCUAUUGCAAGAGGGAUAAAUAUAGCUAAAUGGUCGAGUAUCACUACGUUGGAGUUAGAUUGGGGUUUUAAUGCUGAUGCUGAUGGACAUGAGAAAAUAGGUGAAGCUCUAGAGGUUUCAACUACGAGGUUGAAGACAUUGAGAAUGAAUGUUUACAAAGGUGUGAAUCCCCCUAAAUGGGUGGGAAAGUCAUCUCCUUCUGUAUUAUUCCCUUUGUUAGAGAGAUUGACUGUUUCUUUCAUGAUGAAUUUGAGGGAAUUGGUGUCUCCUAAUACUAUUCCUAGUACCGGAGCAUUCCCUAAUCUAUGCUCGCUGAGGAUAUCUUAUUGCCCAAAGCUAGGGGCCUUGCCAGUACCGCAUCUCAAAUCACUCAAAUAUGUAAGUGUUUAUGAUGAAUGUUCGGAUGAGUUGUUAUAUAGCAUCUCACAUCUUAGUGCUCUCACUCAUCUCUAUCUUUAUGGAUUGAACAAAAGAAGUGUUUUAUUUCCAUCAUCAAUAUUUGCGGACAAUAAUGAAGCACAAUUAGGAGGAGUACGCUCAACUUUCCAAUCUCUUCAAUCUCUGUCUAUUGAGAACUGCGAGAAUUUAAGGCGUUUGUUUGAUGAGGGAAUGAUAAUGGAAGAAGAGACUCAUCAUGAUCAUCAUUUUCAAGCUGGACAAACAGAAAGAACAAGAGGUCUCAUGAACUCUCUCACGGAAUUGGAUAUUAGUGAUUGUUGGGAGUUGAUGAUAUCAGUUGAGGAAUUUGGAAACCUCAAUUCGCUACAGAGAUUGAGGAUCAUGGAUUGUCCUAAGUUGGUGUCUUCAGAAGAAGAAGCGGGCGAUUUUAAGGCACUCCUACGUUCCCUUCGAACCAGACUUGGUAGUAAGAAAUUGAGAGUAGAUAUUGAAUUGGAAAAGGAAGGAAGAGGGAGAGCAUAUCAGAGCAUAGUGGCCCCAUCAUGA